AAAAAAAGAGUGCACAUUUAGAAUGCUCCGGAGAUGAUAGUAGAAUGCGUGCGCAACUUGCAACUCACGUGUGCGCCUCUUGUGGCAAGCUCAUGAAUUAUAUUUCUCGAAAAUAAUUAUCUCUGGUUUGUUAUUUGCAAAUGCAAAGUGUAUGCAAUAUAUCGAGAAGACUAAUGUUAUCACGGUGUACGAUGAAAGCGAAGUUAAGUAAAUAAAAAUUUGCAUUUAACCGUGCAAAAUCGAAUCGUCGAAUUUAAUUCUGGAUGGGAAGUGGCCGUAGAUACGGUAUGGACCUGGCGGAAACUAUGAAGAACAUAGUUGCUAAGGGUAUGCAAACAGAGAUGGGAUCUCCAGGUGCAGGUUCAGGUUAUCCCAGCUCCGCUGGGAGUGCUGGAUAUAUUACAGAAAAAAUGUACAUGCUUCUACAAUUUUAUCUUCAAAAUAAAGGCUGGAAUCCGAGCAGCGAACUUUUGCAAUGUUUCACCGAGCUAAAAGAAGCAUCGAUGCUUCCAAGCGGUCCUUAUUUGCAAAUGAUGGCGUCGAGAGUAGCUCUGGAUGCUCAGGGAAGAUUGGUAUUGCGUGAAAAUGGAAAAAUAAUACUUCCAUAUGAGCAUUUUGCAAACGCGGUGAUGUUGAAACACAUGAAUACGCCUCAUGGUAUGCAUUUGGGAUUGGAGGGUACGGUGCGAGCAGUGAUGGAAUCUUAUACCAUUGGUAGAGAGUGUUUCGGCAUGGAAAAGGAGUUUAUCAUCGAAGUAGUGCAGAAUUGUCCAAAUCCGGCUUGUCGCUAUUACAAAAAUCAGUUGGAAUUAACUCAGAAAAUGGUUCACAUGGGUCCAACUUAUAUACAAGACAAUGAAGCGGCAGCUUCUCUCUUGCGCUCAAGUUUCUCUCACAACACUGAUUUUCAAUCUGCCCUUUCAAGCAACACUCUGAAUCCUCACAUGAGUUCAUCUUCCAAUGAAAUGAGCGACUUGAGAAAUGCCGCUAAUCAAAUGAAUCUUCAACGUCCACCCAGUCGUCCGUCUCUUAAUAUUCCGCAUCGUCCCAGUAUACAAGAGAAGAAACAACCGACUGUUAAGCAACACUAUGAGUCUCUCGUACCUCCUGUACCCUUAAACGAUCACAAAAUUACCGAUUUCUUACGAUCCAAUCUCGACAAUCUUGAAGGCCUCAGUGGUCUUGGUCUUGGCAAUCUUCAGAGCCUAAGUAACGCUAACAAAGACCUUUUGGCUUUGCACAACGGCGCCUGGACUAUCGACAAUGAAAAAUCUCGUACUACGACUUCCAACAACGAAGGAGGUCAGGAAAAAGUGGUCCGGGCAUUCGCCGAGGUAAUGAAGAACAUGGCAAGAAUGAAGUCGUGCGUUCGACCAGCAAUGUGCAAGCCUUACGGAAAACAAUCGGAGGCACUCCAAAAAACCCUGGUCGAUACAAUACAACUCGUACAAUCGUUGAGAAGUUUUCUUCCACCACCGCAUAUUCCCGUUUCCAGCUGGAAGAACGAAGAUAAGCACAGAUUAGAUCAUAACACUGGAUCGUAUUUACCUACGCUGAAAGCGGGUGGUUUGGAGGAGAUGUGCGAGCAGCGUAAGCUGGACUGAGCGCUCGCGGUAGACCGAUCGGUAAAUCAGUCGUGCUAUAAAGUGUUCUAGUCAGAAGAAGUCAUUUUCGAUAAAUGGAUGGGAUUUGAGGUCGGACGGACCGGACUGUUUGCUCAAAAAAGAAGAGAAGUAAAAAAGAAAAAUACAGAUAGAAAGUGGAAAAAGAAAAGUGUUGGCGUUUAGGAUUUUCGACGUUGUGGGUGGCAAAACUGAGUCAUGCGUGGACUGUGAUAAACAUGCGUAGUAAAAACAAAACAGAACGAAGAGGUUGAGGGGAAGAAAAACAAAAAUUUUACGUAGGUCCGGAAACACACAAACACACACACACACAUUCACACACAUACACACAAAUUGUGGUUGUAAAUUUGAGCUCUGGUUUUUCAAAGGCUAAAGAUUAGGAUCUAAAGGAGCCGAAAAAAUGAGAGGAUAAAAAGCGAGAAAAUAAUGGACAACCAUUGAUGAAUGAAUAGAAAUACCACAAUGAUUCCUAUGCGAGCUCGCAUAACCAGCCGGUGGUGCUUAUUAGAGCGUUCGCGAUCUUUGAUUGACGUCCACCCAUUGGCAAUGUACUGAGGAAUUUUACACGCAGUAUUAACAGAAACAAAAACAAAUGAAAAAAAAAAAAAACAAAAACAAAAAAAAUCUAUUUUUUAAACGAAAACAUGAAAGAAAAAAAGAAGGGGUAAAAGAUAUCAAUGAAUCUCGGUAUGUAUCUGGUGUUUUUAAAAAUAAGUGAUGAACGAAAAACAAGAAAUAAAAUUAGGAGGAAAAAAACGAAAAGAAGAAAGAGUAAGAAAAAAAACAUAUAGGAACGAAUUUUUCUAGUCUUGGCCAAUGAAAUUUAUGAUUGUUUAAUUCUUAUGACGAAUAUAUUGAUAUGUAUAUUUUCUGUUAUGACGUUCGUAAUUAAUAUUUAACGCGACUGUGAUUGAAACGUAAAAUGAUGGAAAAGUGAAAAAAAAAAGAGAAUGAGACGAAAUUUGAAGGAAUAAGCUCCACGGGCGGGUUAUUAUAUACAUAUAUAUCAAUUAACGACGAUCGAAGGGAUAGCAGUUAAUCGGUGAGCACUUAUUGCAGGAAAAUGAAUGGUUUUUUAUAUGAAUUUUUCAUUGAUUUUUCACUUGAAAUAAGGAAAAAUAAUGAAUGAAGGUCCGAUUAACUUGUGUUCUCCAGCGAUCUCUCGUGUAUUUAUCGUCGAUUUGAAAAUGGCAGCAUUUUAUGAAAUAUUGUUUUAACAGUGUUCUCUCUGUUUGAAUUGUCGUUGCAAAGCGUUGGUUAUCUAUAUUUCAAUGAAAAUAGCAAAAUCUGUUCGUGCAAAGCGUAUGAGGGCGUGGAGUAGUAGUCGGUUGGAGAGGACAUUCUUUAUGUAUAUAUUAUACUUUUAUUUAUUUGUUGAUUUGUGCGUCGAACCAGCUGUUUUUCACGGUUCCACCGCGGUUUAAAAAAAGGGGAAUCCUGCUGCAAUAUUUAUUAUAGUUGUAUAAGAGAAGUGAAAAGAGAUAAAAAGGAGAAAGCGAGACAUCGAUUCUCUUACUUUCGUCGUGUCCUACAAUUAUCACCUGUUAUCGUUACACACAAGUGUGUAUAUCAAUCGUUCAUGAACCCUCUAUUUGUCGAAAGAGGAUGAAGCAAAAAGAAAUACAAUGAUAACGAAAUGAAAACAUAAAUCAUCGUCAUAAAUAAUCCAUGUAUGAGAAAAAAAAAAAUGAAAACUCAAAGCGUAACAUUGGUUUGUCUGAUUGUCGCAGAAAUUUCAUUAGCCGUGAUGCCGAACAAACUUUCCAAUGAAUAAUUGGAACACGAUUCUGCGAUAACAAGACAACGACAAUAAAUCAAGUUCGAUUAUGAACUUUGUUUUCACGUAUUAAAAAUAAAAGAUACAAUAAUAAUAGUAAUAAUAAUAAUAAUGAUAAUGAUAUUGUACACAAAAAUGCUACUGCUGUGUCUGCACUGCUAAAAACUUGACGUCGCUUGCCAGUAUUACUCUCCUGUAUUCCUGCACAAUUAUUCAUUCAACCUAUCGAUUAUUAAUUAAAGUUUUUACAAGUGUGAA